AUGGCCAUAAUUGGCAAGACGGCAUCUGAGGGCAUUGAGGGCGGGGUAGAUGUCCUGGGGAACGAGGGGCUGUCGGAACCGGUGGAUGAGCCAUCUGGGAGCGGGGUCAGACCAGCACCAGCAACCUCCCCGCCCCCGGCUCCAAGUGAGUCCGAGGAAUACGUCGCCCUACACCGACUCCCGCCUGUCCCCGAGCUCCAACCUGCACCAGCAAGAACCGGCGUCCGCAUGCGGGGCGGCCGCACACAGUGGCCUGCUAUCAGCACCUGCACCUGCAGCGAGACGCUGGUGGAGCUGGAGAGGGAGAAGCUCGGAGUGCUGCGGCGUAUGGAAGAGGGCGACUCUCCCUCUGACAGACUUGAGCAGUCGCCUCAGGACUGGACAGAGGCUGAAGUAAGCGCCUGGUUAACAUCGAUUGGAGUGAAGGAGCAUUAUGUUAAAAAGUUGUUUGAUGAAGAAGUACAUGGAAAAGCCCUCCUUACAUUGAAUGUGGACUAUUUGAAAAAUGAAAUUUCUAUGAAAUCAGGGCCGGCGCAUUUGAUUAUUCAAAAAAGAGACGAGCUUCUCAAGUCUAGAGAAAAAUCUCAGGGGACUAGAAAAUCCACUAGUCUCAAGAUACCUGAUGUACAGCAAAAGAGUAAUCAGAGAUCAGCUCCUACAGAAGAUGGAGCGUCUCCAGCAGAAGCUCCUAGAAAUCAAGGUGCCUCUGGGGAAAGCCAAAUGAAAAUGGAAAAACACAUGUUUGCUUCAAAGGAGGACUGCAAACCACGGCCAUUCGAUGAAGAAGGGACUGAUUUCAUAUAUGUAAAGCACAGAGUGCUGCUACCUGAAUCCGGUGCUUUCAAUCUGACAUUUCCAUGCCAUGAAUAUAAGUCUCUUGCCGUAGCUGCAAAAUUGGACCGCACAAGACUCCAAGCAAAGUUUGCUAAUGAGGUUCUUAAAUUUGCUACUGGCUGUAUGAAUGUCAGAUCAAAUGGCACGAUACACUUUGGUGUGAUGGAUAGCAAGGAAACUGCAGGAUAUGUCCAUGGAGAAAUAAUUGGUAUCCCUGUGAACGAGAAGGACAUCUAUACAGAUGCCUUGGACUACAUUGAAAAGAGCUUCUCCAUCGACAAAGAACAUGUACGUCAGUGUGUGCGACCACCAAGGUUCAUUGAGGUUAUUGAUCGAGAAAGUACAGAAAAGAGAUAUGUGAUAGAGGUUGAUAUUGUGCCUUCCAUAAGCAUUGUUAAGAGGAAGGUCUAUGCAGUCCGCUUACCAAACUUCAACGAGUCAGCUAACAAAGUGCAAUAUGAGAAAGAAGUGGUUCUACGAAGAGUAGGAUCAAAAACAGAGCCAGUGUUGGACAAGGACUUGAGUGAUUUCUACCAGCGAGUCAAAGAUCGCGAUUCACAGAGAGAUGAUGCAGAAAGAAAUCAGUUCUUCAGUGCUCCAUCGAUGUCCCAAGACCUUGGAAGGAAGCUUACAGUGUUAAUGACUAGCGGAAAGAAAUUUAUCGAAAAGGAAAAAUGGUUUAUUCUGGUCACAAACAAAUUCAAACCCGACGACCUUCGCAGUAUUCACUGGCUGCUCAACAUGAACAUUUUCUGUGUUUUUGACUUUGACCAAGACUCAAAGAUAUCUGGUCUUUGCAGUAGAUAUCUUCAGCACCAUGCUGCAAACAUGCAUUUUCUGCACAGCUACAGGAAGCCCGAUAGCAUGACCAUCGAAGAACUCACAAGCCAUCUGCAUCUUUUCGAACAAACUAGUUGGAUCUUUUGCAAUGGGCGCACUGAUUUUAAAGGGAAUGAAACUCAGUGUGACGAAGUGACCUGGUUCAAGACAAAGAUGACUUUUCUCAGAGAAUCGGUAUCAUUGAUCUGUAAACAAAUCUUGCCAAAAGGGACAUUUCAGGUUAUUUUCCUUCUUACGUCACCAGUCGAGAAACCACUCCUACACACAUUUUAUGAGUUUUUCACAGACAUGGAGGGCCAUGAGGACAUCAUCUGCAUCUGUGAAUCUGAGAAAAACUUCCAGAAGUGGCAGGGCUUUGCAGAAGGCUCCUGUGGAAAAGAAACUCUCAACAAUGCCAGUGUUGUUGGGAUGAAAAUGAGUCACCUUGAUGCAACACUGCAGCAAGUACAACCUGUAAAAGCAUGUGCCAGUAAACAUCUGCCAGUAUUUGUAAAGGGAAGUUGUCUUCUUGAAACACAAUUAGAGGAACAAAUGUAUUGUCUGGAAAUUCUGACAGUCGAUCAUUGUGAUGAAACAACCAAAGACUUCAUCAAUGAAGAGAAAGAAAACAUUGAACGGCAGUUUUACCGUGGUGGGAGAGUGAACUGGCUGAAUUUCUGGCUAGCUGAGAACAAAUAUGUUGAAGAGGUCAUUGAAAGAGAUGCCUAUCUUGAAACAUGCAAAAUUCUCAAUGAUGCUUUGAGAUGUAAUGCUGAUCAGAGCCCCGUGAAUUGUGUGAACAUCUACCAUCACCCAGGAAGUGGUGGCAGUACAGUGGCAAGACAAGUGCUGUGGAACAACAGAAAAGAUCUACGGUGUGCACUUGUGAAACCUUCAUACCCAGCUUCUAUGGUUGCACAGCAUGCAGUGGCACUGAGAGAGUACGAAGAAAAAGAUCCUCAGAAGUGCCUCCCUGUGUUGCUCCUCAUUGAAGACACAGAGAAAGAUUAUGUGGAUGAUCUCAGGAAUGAACUUGAGGGUGCCAUUCACAUCAAACAAAUCCAGAAUGGAACUCCGUGUUUUAUUUUGUUGAGCUGCAGACGUUCUCCUGAUCCACAAAGGAGGUGCAAGGAGUCUCCAUUACAGAAUGUGUCUGUCACUCACAAACUGUCCAAUCAAGAGAAGAGGAAGUUUGCUGGAAAACUGCAAGUGCUUGAGGAACGAUACGAACCUGAGUUCAUCCUGACAUUUGUUUUAAUGAGCAACGAAUUCUCAGAAGAUUACAUUCAAGACUUUGUGAAGAAUUUGCUCCGAGACGUUGACCGACAAUCAGUUGUGACCCGCCUCAUGCACUAUGUUGCGUUGCUGAACACAUAUGUUCAGAACUCCUUCAUCUCUCAGUCCCACUGUGAGGCCUUGCUUGGCUUAACCCUUCACAUGGAGAGGUUUCGCCAGCAUGAGUUUGGGAGAUCCCUCAGUGAUCCGGCUAAACUAGUCUUCUUGCACCUCAGAGAUGACAAGACACACAUCAAGUCAAUCAGAAUCAUCCACCCACUUGUUGCAAAAGAAAUUCUUCAACAGCUACUGGGACAACAAGACACACAAAGCAAAUUGGCAAUGAAUCUGCUCCAUGAGAAGGUGCUUUUUGACCACCGAUUUGGAAGGGAGGAGUACCUCUCAUUUUUGAGACAACUCUUCAUAAGGCGGUCCAGAAUAAGUAAAGGAGAUGAAUAUGAUAGUUUCUUUUCUCCUUUCAUUGAGCAGGUGUGUGAAAAAGAGAAAAGCCCAGACAAAGCAAUUGAGCUACUCAAGGAGGCCUUCCAGUGCUUCAAUCAAAAUCCAUUCUUUGCACAGCAACUUGCUCGUCUUCACUAUGCUUACGAGAAGUUUGAAGAGGCGAAAUACUGGGCAGAAAGAGCAGCUCAACAGUUGCCGAAGCACUCAUACAUACUUGACACAAAAGGGCAGGUGUACAGAAAAUGGUUCCAAGCCAAAUGGAAAGCACUUGAAAGUGACAGUAAACUGAAGACACCCCAAAACACAGCAGAGGCUGUGGAGAUUGCCCUGAAAGCCCUGGAGUGCUUUCAAGAAUGUGAAAUGGCUGCUGUCAAUGAUAUGGAAGACUUCAACACUAAUGGGUUUUUUUCUGAAGUCGAGGUCGGAUGCAAGCUGCUCAAACUCAUCUCCUCACUGCAAGUGUUUGCACACCAAACCAGUGGCCACUCCGAAUGUAUGAAAUAUCUCUUAACAGAUUACGUUCCAGAGGAACUUAAGUCUGUCUGGGAACCAUUUCAUGAUCGUUUGAAAAAACUGCAUAAGACAAUGCAAGAUGCCUUGGAAUGGAUUUCAGAGGAUCUCAGUUACUUCCAGACAGACAUUGGUGAAGAAGAAGAGACCCCCCAAAGCACUGAAGAGAAGAUAAGCCACCCACUCUUAUGGUUGGCCAAAAAAUCUUCUGAGUAUGGAAAGUACUUCAGUGAAACAGAUUCGGCUGCCCUUCUGCAACAUGGACAGGUGAACCCAGCUAACCUGACUCCUUUCCAGAAACGCAUGAUCAUCUACCAUCUUGGCGGAGGUAACAUAAUACUCAUCCUCUCCAAACUAACUGACCAAAAGGAUUCAGUCCGUCGUCUGGAGAAUAUCCUCUCUCUCUAUCCAAGCAAUCCACGGAAGGCCAACUUUGGUCAAAGGGAUAUUGUUAAUUACAUUGCGGCCCACAUUCUACUCAACUGCCUAACACCACAAACUCAAAAGGUAGCUCAUCUCAAAGAUCUGCAGGAUCUUUGUCUUCAUUUACCAUCCGAUAAAAGGAAAUGUCUGCCAAGUGCUCUCUUCUUGCUUACCAUGCUAUUCUGGCCAGAGGAUCGUGACACAGACCAUGAGAGAGAAAGCAAGUAUGAGAUUGUGCAGUCGGCGGUUGAGCAUCUGGAAAAGAACUAUUGGACAAAGAGGAAAGACAUUCCUCAGAGGAAAAGAAGGAUUUACACCCAUUUCUUCCUGGGGAAUGGGAAUGGACUGAAUAAAUUCAUCCACAAGAGACAGUUUGACAAAAUCACAAAAGGGUUCUCUGUUUCUGAGAGACGCAUGAAGUGGUUCAGGGGUGAGGCAUGGACAAUCCCUGAGAUCACCAUGAUGCUGAAACGUGUUUCUGGAUGGACUGAGGAUGGAGUGGUUUACCUUGAAGGCCCGCGGAAAAAGAAGUUCAACAUCCGGCCUCUUUUUCUCCCCUCUGUACCCUAUCGUAAUGAAAACAUCUCCUUCUACUUGGGAUUCACAUUUAGGGGUCCUGUUGCCUGCAACAUCCUUGUAGAUAAAUAGUUUGUCUUUGAAAGAUUGCGGUCUAAACCAACUGGAGUAGACUCUGAAAGUCCACCCUAUUACCAGGAGCAAGAGGAAGCCUUAUGUCAGUUUAUCGUUUGGACAAUGCUGUUUAAAUUGUUAAUGCACAAA